UUCAGCUUGCUUAUACACUGGUAAUCUGAAGAUCACAAUGACUUUUCACGACAUGGAUAAUUUGCUGGAGCACCGAGACCGAUUCCGUGGCGUACCGCAGUCCACGAUACUGUUUCUUUUCUCUGUGCUGAUUGUUAUUCCGGAAAUAACCUCGACCGACGUCCAAGCCAAUGUGACUACAAGCUCAUCCGUGCAUAGAAUCAGGAUGUAUGGCUGGAUGAAAGAGUUAGGAGUAAACGAAACCGUGCCAGGAACGUUCAGCCUUUGCCCCAAUGUGUCAGACCCGGACGGGCUCAGGGCGGGUCAAGCCGAUCCCUCCGACCGUCCUUUAUUACGGGGAAUAAACAGUACACGCUUUUAUGUUCAGCCUUCCGUUCUCUAUCAGCUUCUCCAACCGUUUCUCGGAUCCAAAGAAUUUAUGGGCCAGCACCUGAUUACGCUGCACAUCAAUAAUCGGACAAUUGCCGAGUUAGAGGAUGCUCUCACGUAUGCGUGGUUACCGAGUCUCGAAAAGAGCAACUGGACGGAAACCCGUGUCGAAAUUCUGCAGAUUAAUAACGGAACGGGGUAUUUUUCAGCGAAUGGAUCGCCGUUAAUGUUUAUAAGCUACACACUACCGGUGUCCGAUGUUUUCUCGCCGGCGAAUUUCUCCCGCAAUCUGUCGUGGUAUCCUUGGUUGUACUCUCGCAAUUUCUCUCGCCACGAGUUAAUCCAGAUUCUUCCACCUAACGAUUUUAUCCAGCGAUUGCAGCAGAAGGGUGUGCCUGUAUAUGAAGGCCCGCUUUUUCCUACCACAAGCGUACUGGAAACUCUCUACUUGCGGGCAAAUUCUACGGGUGCCAACGGCUAUUUUGAUACUGACCAGUUGAAGACAGAUUUGAUGGGAGUCGCUCGACAGAUGCGCGUAAAAGAAGGCUGUUGCGAAGCGGGCAUGAGCGAUGUGGACGUUCAUUUUGGCCUGUUCAAGCCGCACAUCCUGCCAAUGAGGAUAAACGGCACGUUUACUGAUGUGACGGUAAUGCCCAUGCCUUUUCUCGUAACCGUGCAGCAGAAGACAUUCGUCCAUUACGGUACCGACUUAAUGGCACUGGCAAACCAUUCCGAUCGGUACUACCGCCUGGAAGACGUAAACGCCACGGAACUAAAAAUCCCCGGAGUUCGUCUAGUCGAACUGCCGCCAGUAAAUCCGGACUUCUCGUUCCGGAUGUACCUGAAUCGACCUUUGAAUGUGCAGGGGCUACCGUUACUGGAGGCUCUGAUGAUGACCCGUUUAAAUACUGACAUAGAUCCUGAUGGGCGAGCGGAAGUGCGUCUGUGGGACUUUGAUUCGAAUGGUUGGAUUGUCAACUUUUUCGUGGUGUUGCGCCACGCAAAGAUACCGGCAACAGAUUUAUCGCUCGGCGUGGAUGCCAGACUUCCUUACGCCGCCAGCAUCUACCGCAGACUCGAUGGCCUGGAGCUCCGAUUAUCCAAUGCUAGUGCAGCAUAUAAGCUGACGACGAAGCCUUACCUGUGAUGUCUACAGUGAUGCUCGUUGUCGUAAACCGGUGUUUAUGCAACUGUUGUGAUUUAUGUUCACGUAGUUGUGCGUGUCUAAAGACAUCUGUUUUCUUUGCUGAUUUCUCAGCGCUAUUCUGAAGUUGUGAUUGAGCGAUUCAUUAUCUAUCGUGCGCGGCUACA